AGAGUCGAUGGUUGUUGAAGAUUUGAAUCUUUUACUUCACAACACAAGUUUAGCAGCGGCCGAAAAGCUGCUUGAAUAUGAUAUUCUGAACAACGAAUCUGCUUUUUUAUCUUUUCUGAAUAAAAGUGUUGCUACGGAGCUUUCCUCUGAGAUUGUCAACAUGAAGUGUUUGAAAGCGGAAGAAUACAUCAAACGGACUGCCUCUGUGAAAGAGACGGAGCUUUUAUUUCGUGAACUGCAGGAGUUCAUUAAGAGUAAUCCAGGCAUUCAGGGCCGCACACUGUGUGACAGGGUCAUCAGAGCCUGUAACCAUCACCUUGGAGCUGGGUGCCCUGACUAUGACCAUGUGAGUCAGUUGGUACAGCUGGUGGAGCUCUCCCUUCAAGGCUAUGAUAUUUCUGCAGCAGUUGUUGCCCAGAGCAGUCCUCUGUACAUGGAAAAGAUCAUUUUCCAUAUUGUCAAGAAUUUAAGCUCCCAAGGACCUCAUAGUUUAUGCAGCCAUGUAGCUGGGUUACUUUACAACAGGCUUACAGUCCCAGCCCAACAGGCUGAGGACUACUGCGUCCUCGUGCGAAGCUGCUUCUCCGUGCUCUGGAACGGACUCUCUGCCUCCAAAGACAAGAAAAUAUUGAAUCCUCGAGACCAACUCCACUGCCACAUACAAGCCCUGGGCUUCCUCCUGCUGUUGGACACAGAAAAUGCAACUACCUCUAUCUCAAAAGCUCCUAUUUACGCAGAGGAUGCCAUCAAUGAAUUUGAGACCAGUUGUGGAGUGAUAACAAAGGAAGAUGCUUCUUUCCUUCUGCAGGAAGUGCACGCACUUUUCAACAACUGCUGGACCAGUACUCAAGACUUUGAGGGGAAUGGGCUCAAGCACUCUACUAAGCGAUCAUGUUUAUAUGUGCUUUCUGAAAUGGUGCUGGUUAUAGUUAAGAUGCUUUGUAAGGCCGGACACCAUGAUCUGGCCUCCACCUUCAUGAAUGAAAUUGAGAGCAAGAUCAAAGACCAUGUUGACUGUCAAUGUACAGCUGUGGUGCUUGGGAAAUGGGCACUGAAAAUUCAUUCAACGACGAAGGCUGGUGGAGAGAGCGGCCAGGCUUUGAAAGAAUGUGCAAGAGCCUUGAGGUGUCUUUCAUCUGACCUGGGGGACCAAGAAGCCCAUGCACUUCAGGAGGGAUGCGGACUGGUCAUGUGGGCUGUGGAAAGUGGCGACUCUAAGGGGUUAAGUGGGCCUUUGCUUCUGGCUUGGUUUUCAUUUCUUGAGGAGUACCAAGAACUCAUAUUGAAGAUGUUAAAGAAGGAUGGGAAAUGCCAGGCAGAGAGCAGCAGACUUCAACAGGCUCUUUGCUUCAGUAUUUACCAGGGGUUUGUUUUCGCUUAUGAGAGCAUGCUCGCAUCACAGCUGGAGGACGGUGACACGCUGGAAAGAGUGCUGCUGUACUGCCAAGCUACUGUUGGACUAAUGAUGACAGAACUUCGAAAAUUGCCCAGUGAAAACCUUCUUGUCAAAGCAGUGGUCGCAGUCAGCAACUUGGCUUGUGGAUUGUACAACCGGCGUCUCUACAACCAGGGCUUCACGCUGGUUGAGAUCCUCUGCAGAGAUUUAUCCAAGAAUGUCCCCGCCUCGCUUUCUGUGGACAGACUGAGCAGACUCUUCAUGCUGGCCGUGCAGACGUCUCGGCGGGCCGGACAUCUGGCUCGAGCACUGGACUGGGUGAUCAUGUGGCUGAAGACUCUGGGGGACAAAAUCACUACUCAUAUGUCUGAACCGGUCUCUCUGUGGGUGAAAACAAAGACUGACGCAGCCCGAAAUUCUGAGGAAGACAUCCGUCUCAGGACUUUACAUGACGGUUUUUGUCCUGAUGUCCCUGAUGAGCGAAUAAUGCUUUGCCUCUUGGAGGAGGAGCUGCGUGCCUAUAAGGAGGUAGCAGGAGACACAUCUCAGGAACGUUACAACACUCUGUGUGAUCUGUUGGACAUCUGCCACGAGGAGAGCUCUCACACUCACCUACGUGCCGUGUACCUCUGUGAAAUGGCCCAAGUUGUGUGUUACCAGGAUUUCAGUGAGCAGACUGACUGCUCAGCAGUUGAUUUUACCCAUGAGGCUUUGCGACUCCUGGAAGAAGAACCAGAGACUCCAGAGAAGUCUGAUAGACUGAAGGAUGACAGAGCCCAUGCUUCACUUUGGCUCUUUAUCUGCACCCUUGAGAAGAAUCUCCAGGAGGCAAUCGAGAGAGACAAAAAACAGCGGGAGUUGCGUGAGCAGAUCCGAUGUGCAGCCAAUCCCAUAGGAACCAAUGACUUCGAUUAUGAGGACAAGCAGAAAACACAAGAAAGCUUCAUGGUCUAUGAAGGCCUGCAUUUCAACCUGGCUGCAGAGAACAAGUUGUGCAAGCCUUUGGAAAGAGCCCUGGAUGAAUGGUCAACACUUCUGCAGAGUGAAGUCCUUCCUUCUGUCAGAAACCCCAAGCAGACCUGCAGCUCCAUUGCUUUGACUGCGACUCUUUUCAAGCUCAUGGGAAAGCCUCUGAAGGCAUUGGAAGCCUACCAACUGACUAUUGGACUUUCCCGACAACUUGCUGAUGCCCAUGGAUGUGCCAGCUCCCUCUGUCAAUCUGCCAGUAUUCUUUUAGAUAUGGGAACCCCUGAACUGGCUUUGGCACAGCUUGAGCAAGCAGAAACCUUCCUUAACUCGGACUCCACUGCUGAUGGACCCUCUUCUCUGUCUAUGCUGACCGUUCUGUUGAAAGCUCAAUACUGCUACAUCACAGGACAGGUUGACCUUGGGGUGCCUUAUCUGUGUAAGGUGCUUAAAGAAGUGAAUGAGCAGAGGCAGUCAAAGAGUUGGUACCUGCUGCGGGCUCGAGUGCUCCAGACCUGCAGCUCCUAUCUUAGUUUGGACACGACUGCACUGCCACAAGCCCAGAGAAGUCUCAUCACUCAGCCUGGUAUAAACGGCCCAGACACUGCCUUGUACGAGAGUCUGAAGCUUCUCUGCAGUCUGCUGGUCACUUUAGUGGGGAAAGGCCUUUACGGGACAAACAGCGGCAACGCAGACAUGCGCUUUAUUGACCAAGGAGAUAACCUGGUGCUGAAGUGGCAGCUGCUCUCAGAGCUGUUAAAAUGCUCCAUGAAGAUGGUGGCUGUGAGGAGCAGCUGUGGGGCCAUCAAUGAUGCGAGGCUGCAAUGCCUGGAAGCUCUCAAACUUGCCAUCAAGCUCCAAGCACUUAGCCAAUGUGCUGAGCUGCUUGUGAUGAAAGCUGAGUUGGAGCUGAUGCAGGGGGAGGAAGAAGAAAGUGGAAUUGAUUUAGACAAAGUCAGAAACCUUAUAGAGCUUUGCACAG